GACUCGCUCUGCAAAGACAUGGAGAAGGGGACUAACAUCUUUCCGACCUGCUACACCGUUUUCCUCGCCUGGACAUGGCUCUUACUUCUCUCUUGGUGUUACACCGGCGCCGAAAUAAGUUGCAGAUCCUGCUCGUCUCCAUCACCCUCCUGGCCGUCCUCCUUUUCUCGCCUUAGGCGGGAGCAGCGACCACCACCACCGCCGCUGACAGGAUUACGGAGCUGGCCGGGCGACCGGGCGCGGGGCUCGGUUGGGGAGGCGGCCGCCUCGGAGCCGAUGCCGGGCGGGGAGCCGGGCGGCCGCGGGGGGCCGCAGGCAUCCCCGCUCCGCUCGGCGGGGGCGGACGGAGGCGCGCCCGGGGGCCGGAGCCUGGCGGCUCCGCGGAACCGGCGGAGCAGCGAGGGGCGCCGGGAGCUGCCGGCCAGUGGUGGCCGCGGGGUUCCAGUGGCCGAGGGGCAUCGCGGCAGCCGGGCUCAGCUCCGCGGGCCCUCAGAGGAGGGGAGAACGGCGCGGCUGAGAGGGACAGAGGAGCUGAGGCUGAGCAGCACCACCUUCGCGCUCACCGGAGAUGCGGCGCACAACCAAGCCAUGGUGCACUGGUCCGGGCACAACAGCAGCGUGAUUCUCAUUCUGACAAAGCUCUACGACUUCAACCUGGGAAGUGUGACAGAGAGCUCACUCUGGAGGUCAACAGACUAUGGCACUACCUAUGAAAAACUAAAUGACAAAGUAGGCCUGAAGACUGUGCUGAGCUACCUCUAUGUCAGUCCCACUAACAAGAGGAAGAUCAUGCUUCUUAGUGAUCCAGAAAUUGAGAGCAGCAUCCUCAUCAGUUCUGAUGAAGGGGCUACCUACCAGAAGUACCGUCUGAACUUCUAUAUCCAGAGCUUGCUCUUCCACCCCAAUCAGGAGGAAUGGAUCUUGGCCUACAGUCUGGAUCAAAAGCUGUACAGCUCCAUGGACUUUGGAAGAAAAUGGCAGCUAAUGCAGGAGCGGGUGACUCCAAACAGGUUUUACUGGUCAGUGACUGGUUUGGAUAAAGAACGGGACCUGGUGCACAUGGAAGCCCGGACAGCCAAUGGACACACCCACUAUUUGACCUGUCGGAUCCAGGAGUGCUCGGAGACCAAAAGGAGUGGGCCGUUUUCACGCUCCAUUGACAUCAGCUCCCUUGUUGUUCAGGAUGAAUAUAUCUUUAUUCAGGUGACAGCUGGUGGAAGAGCAAAUUACUAUGUGUCAUACAGACGGGAGCCUUUUGCACAGAUUAAAUUGCCCAAAUACUCUCUUCCUAAGGACAUGCAUAUUAUCAGCACAGAUGAGAAUCAGGUGUUUGCAGCUGUUCAAGAGUGGAACCAAAAUGAUACAUACAACCUGUAUAUCUCAGACAUCCGAGGGGUGUACUUCACCCUGGCCUUGGAAAAUGUGAAAAGCAGUCGAGGUCUGGAGGGGAAUAUCAUCAUUGACCUUUAUGAGGUAGCAGGGAUCAAAGGCAUAUUCCUGGCUAACAGGAAGAUAGAUGACCAAAUCAAGACCUUCAUCACCUACAACAAGGGCAGGGACUGGCAUUUGCUGCAGGCACCGGACACUGAUCUAAGAGGGAAUCCUGUCAUUUGCCAGUUGCCCUUUUGUUCAUUACACUUACACCUGCAACUCUCAGAGAAUCCCUACACUUCAGGAAGCAUUUCCAGCAAAGAAACUGCUCCUGGGCUGCUGGUGGCAACAGGCAAUAUUGGCUCUGAGCUUUCCUACACUGAUGUUGGUGUAUUCAUCUCUUCUGAUGGUGGAAAUUCCUGGAGACAGAUCUUUGAGGAGGAAUACAAUGUGUGGUUUCUGGACUGGGGAGGGGCAAUAGUGGCCAUGAAACACACAUCAGUGCCCAUCCAGCACAUGUGGGUAAGUUUUGAUGAGGGUAAGUCCUGGAGUAAAUACAGUUUCACAUCAACACCACUUUUUGUGGAUGGAUCCCUUGUAGACCCUGGCAUAGAGACUCAGAUACUGACGGUUUUUGGGCACUUCAGUCUCCGCUCUGAAUGGCAGCUGGUCAAGGUGGACUACAAGUCUAUUUUCAGUAGGAGGUGUAAUAAGGAUGACUACCAAGCCUGGCAUCUGCACAAUCAGGGGGAACCUUGUGUCAUGGGAGAGAGGAAGAUCUAUAAAAAACGCAAGCCUGGAGUCCAGUGUUCCCUAACUCGGGACUUUUCCUGGACUGUGGUGUCUGAGCCCUGUGUCUGUGGCCACGGGGACUUUGAGUGUGACUAUGGGUAUGAGAGGCAUGGCAACAACCAGUGUGUCCCAGCCUUCUGGUUCAGCCCGUCCUCCCUGUCCAAGGAUUGCAGCAUUGGUCAGAGCUACUUGAACAGCACUGGGUACCGCAGGAUUGUGUCUAACAACUGCACUGAUGGCUUGAGAGAGAAGUACAUGGCCAAGGUGGAGAAAUGCCCUGGAAAAGCACCUCGGGGACUUCACAUCCUCACCACUGAUGGAAAACUGGUUACUGAGCAGGGACACAAUGCCACUUUCAUCAUCCUUAUGGAAGAGGGAGAUUUGCAGAGGACAAACAUUCAGCUUGAUUUUGGAGAUGGCAUUGCAGUAUCCUAUGCUAAUUUCAGCCCUGUUGAGGAUGGCAUUCGGCAUGUGUAUAAGAGUGCUGGAAUCUUUCAGGUGACAGCAUAUGCAGAGAACAGCCUGGGCUCUGACACUGCUGUCCUCUUCCUUCAUGUGGUCUGUCCAGUGGAGCAUGUCUAUUUGAGUGUCCCUUUUGUUGCCAUCAGAAAUAAGGAUGUCAACAUCACUGCAGUAGUUUGGCCCAUCCAGGCAGGCACCCUUACCUACUUCUGGUGGUUUGGUAACAGCACCAAGCCCCUCAUCACCUUGGAGAGCAGCAUCUCAUACGUCUUUGCCAUGGAGGGGAUGAACACUGUCACUGUGCAGGUUUCUGCAGGCAACACCCUCAUCCAAGACACCAAGGAGAUCGCAGUGCAUGAAUAUUUCCAGUCCCAGCUCCUGUCAUUUUCUCCCAACUUGGACUACCAUAACCCUGACAUCCCUGAGUGGAGAAAAGACAUUGGCAAAGUCAUCAAGAGAGCUCUAGCACAGGUGACUGGUAUCCCUGAUGAACAGAUCUUGGUGGCUGUUUUUCCUGGGCUGCCUACUUCUGCUGAACUAUUCAUACUUCCCCACAAAAACACAACAGAGAGGAGGAAAAACAGUGAGGCUGAUCUGGAGCAAGUGGUAGAAGUUGUUUUUAGUGCUCUCAACCAGAACCUGGUCCAGUUUGAACUGAAGCCUGGUGUUGAAGUCAUUGUGUAUGUUACUCAGUUAACAUUAGCACCCCUGGUUGAUUCCAGCACAGGUCAUAGCAGUUCGGCGAUGCUGAUGUUGCUGUCUGUGGUGUUUGUAGGCUUGGCUGUUUUUUUGAUCUACAAAUUCAAGAGGAAAAUCCCUUGGAUUAACAUCUAUGCCCAAGUUCAGCAUGACAAGGAGCAGGAAAUGAUUGGCUCUGUCAGCCAAAGUGAAAAUGCCCCCAAAAUCACUUUGAGUGAGUUCACAGACCCUGAGGAGCUGAUGGACAAAGAACUGGACACACGAGUGAUGGGAAGCAUCUCAACAAUUGCCAACAGUGAAAGCACAAAGGAAAUCCCCAACUGCACUAGUGUUUAA